AUAUUUCGAACAAAUAUACACUGGAACAGGAACUUGAAAACUUUAGCUCUAUACUGCCUCCAAGUGUUUUAAAUGCAUAUACACCCCGCUUUUGAUAUGUUUUUUACUUUAAUCAUAUAGGCUUUAUAGACCAAAAAGACAUUAAAGAUUGUAAUAUUAGGUAACCACUAUGAACAGAUCUGUGAGUAAAGUUGAUUGAAAAAAAGUAUUAUGUCUGAGAAAAUCUGAAAUAUGCAUCUUUCAUAUUAUCAUCAAUUUAACUCAUAAUAAACACUGAGUUUUAUGCUAAACAUGAUAAUUCCUGUGUGUGCUUAUUAUUGAAUCAAGUGCAGUUUGAUGUAUUGGUAUGGAGUCAAAGGUCAAACUAACAAUACUAAUCUUUUGCAUGUAUAAAUAACCUAUACAGUAUUUUGGUUUCCAUUUCUAUGUCUAUUAUAAAGUUUUCUAUUUAAAUAAUCUCCACAAAUCAACAUCACAAAACAAUAGAAUGUUUCCUCCCCACUCUAUCUGUCUGGUGAAAAUAAAAUAAAACAAAGCCAUUCACCAAUAAGAUGCUGUGAAUUCACAAACUGUUGUCCAAUCCCAGGUCUAAAAUAAACCCUCCAAUCAAAAUAGAAAUGUCUGUUCUGUAUAUAUACAAAAGACAAGAACACAGCCUAUGGGCUUCCAGGAAGGAAUAAUCGUGUAAAUGAAAAUACCCCAACUCCUUCCUCUAAUCUGCUCUAUCCCUUUUAUCUGGGGAUUUGGAGCAGAGCGAGCAGAAAGUGUUUGAGAGAGACACAGAGAUGCUGCGUGUGCUGCGUGAUUAACAGACUCAAACCCAUCCGAACAGUAGCUAGAACAGAAACAGUAGCAUAGAAGAUGUGUGUUUUGGGUUUUUGGGCUUUUGCGCUGGUGCUGUGCUGCCUUCCGUUGCUUUGCAGCUCCUGUCCUGCUCAAUGCAGCUGCUUCUACCACAAACUGAGCGAUGGAUCCAAGUCGAGGAGUGUGCUGUGUAACGACCCCGAUCUCACUGUGAUCCCAAACAACUUUCCCUCGGACACCUCCAAACUCCGCAUCGAGAAAACCUCCAUCAGCCUCGUCUCCAGCGAAACCUUUCAUUACCUCAGCAGCCUGGAGUACCUCUGGAUAUCCUUCAACUCACUCUCCUCCCUCAGCGUGGACAGUUUCCGAGGACUUAACGCCUUGGAUGAAUUACGGCUGGAUGGGAAUAUUCUCACUUCCUUUCCUUGGGAAUGUUUGAUGGACAUGCCAAACCUUCGGCUCCUUGAUUUGCACAACAACAAAAUCAGCAGCAUCCCAGCUGAAGCAACCAUUUACAUCAAAAACUUGACCUACCUGGAUCUGUCCAGCAACAGUCUGACCACCGUUCCAGCCGAGGUUCUUACUUCGUGGUUCUCUCCGAAACCUCCUCAGGAUGCAGAGAAUUCCAAAAUGAUAUUAGGUCUCCACGACAAUCCCUGGCAGUGCGACUGUCGUCUCUUUGAUUUGGUGCAGUUCCAGAAGUUUCCUUCUUCCUCCUUGGCGUUCAUCGAUACACGUCUGCGCUGCGCCGAACCUGAGAGCCUGUCGGGGGUCCUCUUCUCUGAUGCUGAGCUCCGCAAGUGUCAGGUUCCCCGCGUGCACACGGCCGUCGCGAGGGUCCGAAGCUCCAUCGGAAACAAUGUCUUGCUGCGCUGCGGGACCAUCGGUGUUCCCAUCCCGGAGCUGUCCUGGACCCGUGCCGACCGCAAGCCCAUGAACGGCACCGUUCAACAGGAAAUCUCUAAAGAGGGCAUCAUCUGGUCCAUUCUCAGCGUCCCUGCUGUUUCAUACAGGGAUUCAGGGAAAUAUGUUUGCAGAGCCACUAACUUUGUCGGGAGUGCCGAUGCCAUUAUCUCACUUGUCAUUUCCGAUACGUGGCAAAUCGAUGAAGCGGUUGCCAAGAGAAGUCAUGGAAAAAAGAAUGGUGGGUUUGGCCGAGCGGCGUAUCAAGAGAAACUCAUCGCCAGAUACGUGCCGCCGGCCACAUCAGCCGCUGUGCCCAUCAUUGAGCCGCUCAAUGGACCCAAAGCCACAGCAUCCAUCCAGAUCGAAAGCUACAGCAUUUCUGAUGAUGUUUCCAAAGCGAAGGCCACAGCGGCACCUACAGCAUCCACAGGAACGGACAGCGGGGCGGUGGAGCUUCAGAAAGAUGUCCUGAGUAACCUGGAGGCUAAUGCUUCAUCUCUGCAGCAGGGUCCGGAGCGCAGAGUGGUUCGGUCGGUCAAAGUGAUUGGUGACACUGACCACACGGUCUCACUGAACUGGCGCGCACCCACCGCCUCCAACACCACAUCCUUCAGCGUUCUCUACGCCGUUUUUGGGGAGCGGGACAUGCGUCGCAUUAAUGUUGGCCCGGGCAAGAAUCGCGUCACGAUCGAAGGCCUUGUGCCCAAAACCAAGUACAUAGCCUGUGUGUGCGUGAAGGGCCUCGUCCCCAAGAAAGAGCAGUGUGUGAUUUUCUCCACAGACGAGGCGGCCAGUGCCAGCGGCACACAGAAGCUCAUUAACGUGGUGGUGAUCACGGUCGCCUGCGUGAUCGCGGUUCCUCUGACACUCAUCGUCUGCUGCGGGGCACUAAAGAGGAGGCUGCAGAAACUGAUGGGCAGGAAGUCCAAAGACAUUCAAGACUCAUACGUGACGUUUGAGACUCUGUCUCCAGGCACCAAAACCAAAGGGCUGGAGGGGGAAUAUCUCACCAGACUCAACCCAGACGAGUCCAACCGGCUGCUUUCGGCCCGCUCUAGUGUGGACUCCGAGGCUACGGCCAGAACCGAGGGCCAACCCAACGAGUACUUCUGCUGAUGGACCAACGGCAGGGUAUAACCACCUUAGAGAAAGUUCAGUGUUCAAAAAGGGAAAAUUAUCACUCAAGUGUGAAAUUUUUAUUUAUUUUUUUGUCAUGCACUUUUCCAAUGAUAUGUUUAUCAUUGAUUCAUUCAUCGUUUAUAUUCUGCAAUGAAAUGUCUGUGAGCAACACAUAAUACUCAUAUAUCUUAUACAGAAGGUGAAGCGUUAAGAUUUUCUGUUUGGACUGUCAGGAUUUUGCAAUAAGAUUUAAUUUUUCCUUUUUACUUGUUUUUCUUUAUACUGUUAUCUUGUCACAGUGUACUGGGGCAACUGUUCUGUUUUCCACUUUAACCUUAAAACUGCUUAUAAUUUGCAAUAUCAGGAAUAUGUUAAUGUCUGUACUCAAAUAUAUUAAAUAUAUGUUUAAAAAUAUGAUUGAAUAAAAUGA